AUGAUUCAUAGUGGAAUCUCUCGGACCAUCAGCCGUGGAGAUGUGGCAAGCUUUUGUUCGGGAGAUGUGGCUAUGGGUGAGCUUGAAGAGCCAGCUAUCGUGUAUCACAGCAGGACCUCCAUGGCAUGGGAUGGCGACUUAGCUCUUUCGGUAACACACCUAUCAAAGACAGGUUCGACGAACGCUAUCGUCUUCGGCACCACUGCUGAAAUAGAGGAUGAGAUCAUUGGCAGACUCUAUUGCUCAUCAAGCGCCUUGUCACACCCAUUCCUACUUCCGGGAAUCUUCACUGAGCUAGAGAGAGAGAGACAGCUAAAGCGGCUCGUUGAGGAUACACAAGGCGAGCUGGAAAAAGCUACAUACUACUUGGGUUCCGAGGAGGAAAGCGAAAGUGACCAGGCUGCUACCCAGCCAAUCAUUGACCUUUGGCUUGACACCACGGAGCUCCGAAAUGGUCUAUUCAACUGGAAGACACAGGUGGAAGAGAUGCUACUUCAUAUCGAAGGAAUGGCCGAGAGUUACUCAACAUCCAACGUCACGGAUGGACGUUCGGCAUUUGCUUGUGCCGAUACCAAAGCAGAUCUAAAGCGGAAACAAGCAAAAGUGAAUUCUAUGAUCAGAAACCGACUGAGAUCGAUAAUAAACGAGUAUGAGGACACUAUAAGAGACUGUACUAUGAGGUUAGACGGGAUGUCGAUGGCGACUCAGCUCUCUCAUGCAAGGACCAACAUGCAAAUUGCCCUGGAAUCCAAACGAGAUGGAAAGCGAAUGCAGAAUAUUUCUAUUUUCUCCAUGGUAUUUUUACCCAGUAUGUUUGUUGCAACAGUUUUCUCCACGGACUUCUUUAACUGGUUUCCCAAAGAGAAGGAAGCUAUGAUUUCGCCAUACAUCUGGGUUCUAAUUUCAUUUUGUAUCUGUCUGAGUAUUCUAAUACUUGGUGGAUACUAUCUUCUGUCUACUCGUCUGAUGUGUCUUCGCGUCGCUCACUCGAAGUCACGGAAGUGGUUGUCAAUGGUGUGA